GCAUGAAGGGCUUCCGUUUCCGGAGGUCGGCGCGUGCUGCCUCUUGCUGUGCUUCGCUGGUCUGGGAAAUUUUUUUUUUUUGGCUGUUGCCGAGAGCUGCAAGCAGGGAUGAUGAUGAUGGCGGAGCUGGUGCAGGGACAGGCCUCGGUGGCACAGCCCGGACUGAAAGCAGACGGCUUCGCCGACGCUUUACACCGGGCCCGGCAGAUUGCUGCUAAAAUGGGUGGAGAGCCAAUGCCCCACCUGAACAGCUCCUCGCCUGUUGUAGACCCCUCAAUUUAUGGCUAUGGAGGACAGAAGCGUUCUCUGGAGGAGGGAGUAGGUAACCAGCUCGGAGCAAUGGUACAUCAAAGGGCUAUUAUGACAGAAGACUUCAAAGUGCCUGAUAAAAUGGUUGGAUUCAUUAUUGGCAGGGGAGGUGAACAGAUCACAAGAAUUCAGCUAGAAUCUGGCUGUAAGAUUCAGAUCGCUGCAGAUAGUGGCGGUAUGAUGGAGAGGCCCUGUACGCUGACUGGGACCCCAGAGAGUAUAGAGUAAGAGGAACGGGUCGUGGGAGCAGUGAGCAGGAGAUGUAAUUCCUCCAUUGGACUGUUUAUCUGUGACCUUGACGGUCCUUGGGAUAAGGCAGCUAUUUUUUGUCCUCUGUUUUGUUUAAAGUGCUGUCUCUGGGCAGGUGGAAAAAAAAACUUUUCUUUGUGUUGCCAGGAAAGAACGGGUGUGAAAAUGAUCAUGAUCCAAGAUGGGCCCAUGCCAACAGGCGCCGACAAGCCUCUGCGAAUCACUGGAGAUCCGUACAAAGUGCAGCAAGCCAGGGAGCUGGUGGCAGAGAUCAUCCGGGACAAGGACCAGGGCGACUUCAGGAGUGGCAGGAGUGACUUCGGGUCUAGGCUGGGCGGCAGCAGUUUGGACGUGGCGGUUCCCCGGUUUGCAGUGGGCAUUGUUAUCGGCAGAAACGGGGAGAUGAUCAAGAAGAUUCAGAAUGACGCAGGAGUGCGGAUCCAGUUUAAGCCAGAUGAUGGAAUAAGUCCAGACAGAAUCGCCCAGGUGAUGGGGCAGCCAGAGAGAUGUCAGCAUGCUGUCCACCUUAUAAACGAGCUGGUCCACACCGCACAGGAGCGGGAUGGAUUUGGGGGUCCGGGGGGUCCCAGAGGAAGAGGCCGGGGUCGUGGCGAUUGGAACCUUGGGGCGCCAGGGGGUCUACAGGAAGUGACGUACACGAUACCCGCAGACAAGUGUGGGCUGGUCAUCGGGAAAGGUGGAGAAACGAUCAAGAACAUCAACCAGCAGUCCGGGGCGCACGUGGAGCUCCAGAGGAACCCCCCUCCCAACACCGACCCCAAUGUCCGCAUCUUCUCCAUCCGUGGCACCCCGCAGCAGAUGGAGCUGGCCAGGCAACUCAUAGAUGAGAAAAUUGGGGGCUCAGGGAUGGGCGGAAACAGUAGUUUUGGCUUGAACCCCUUCACUCAGGGGCCGGCUACUCCCCACCAAAACGGACCACAGACAUUCAUGACGGGAGGAUGGGGGACAACGUAUCAGACGUGGCAACAGCAGAGCCAGCAGGACCCCAGCCAGCAAAGCCAAGCCCAGAGCACAGGCCCUGACUACAGCAAGGCAUGGGAGGAGUACUACAAGAAACAGAGCCAGGCUGCGGGCCCUGCCUCCCAGCAGAGCUCUCCCCCAGACUACAGUGCUGCCUGGGUGGAGUACUACAGACAGCAGGGGGCGUACUACGGGCAGGGCACACAGCAGACACCGGCGCCAGGCCUUCAGGAACAUUAGAGUGGAUAUGCUUUUGUUGAAGAUUUUGGAAUCAGUAUGAAACGAAGAAAAAAACCUUUUCUAACAGAGGUUUCUAGAUUUGCAGCGCCUUGAAGACUUUUACUUUUUUUCUUAGUGAGAAACACUAGCUGUAGAAUGACUUAUACAAUUAAAUACAAAUUUCUAAAUCAGGAACAUUUAAUUUUACUAAAACGGGACAUCAUUAUAUUCGAAAAGGACAAUUUCUGGGAUUCUUUUUGAGCUUAGGAGAGGAUUUUUUUCAAUUGAAAUUGAGACUCUAUAAAGUACCCCGAAAUUGUAACAUUUCAGCAAAACGCAAUAUAAUCUAUUUUUUCUAGUUCUGUUGCAAUAAAGUAAUUACGGGCUUAGCAGUCUUGAGUAUAAUUUGAUUUUGGUGUGGGGGGGGACAAGACAUGUUUUAAGAAUGUGUAAAUUUUUGUGUAGGUUCCUUUUUUACAUAAAACAUUUUAAUUCUGUGAGAUGAAACUGUGAUAUUUUGUUACAGGAAAAAGAAUUCUUUUGUUACAAAAUACCAGUAUUGGUGUUUUACAGAUGGCAACCAAUUCUUAAGUUAAUUCCUUUUAUGUGUUCUAUUUUCAGUGUCAUUUUAUUGAGCUCUGGUUUAAAAAGGUGCAAUAUCUUAUUUCACUUUUGAAACAAAGAUGAUUUCUAAUAUUUUGACAGACGUUAACUGGUAGUUCUUAGAUUCAACUUUGUUUUAGGCAAUGGAAAAUGUAACCUGAAUAACUUUUAUAAUAAUGAUCCAAUUGUGGGGAACGGGAUUGCGUUUAUUGUAAGUUUUGCCUUUGAUAUUGUGUUAAAUUUUGUACAGAGAUACUUGACGAUAUACCUUAUUUAAAAGCUACAAUUAAAUCAAGCAGGAUUAGUCAUUAAAAAGGUCUCAUUUUUACAAGAAGGACAUUUCCAGUGUUUUUUCUGUGUAACGUAGGGAUGGGGGGGUUAAUGGGUGGGUCUGUAGAAUGUUCAAAUAUUAUGAAUGUGCUUGAGCUUCGAAAUUUGAUGUUGCAUCUUGAGGAGGGCAAAAACCGUUUCAGGUUUUCGGUUUGUUCUGUACAUUAACCAUUCAAGACUGCUAAGCCUCAUUUGGAACCUACCUGUGUAAUUAAUAGUAGUUUUUAUAUUUUAAGUAUUAAAAGAGAAAACGUGUCUGUUAUUUGGUACAACCUAACUCCCCAAUGCUCCUAUCCAGUACACUGUGGACUUCUGUGCAGUCCAAUGCUGUUGACUUUUUAAUUCAUUAUUUUUUCUUUCUACUAUGUGUGAUCUAAUAUAUGUCUGAUUUAUUAGUUAAUAUGGAUUUAGUAUUAACUGCAUUGUGAUAAAUUUAAGUUGCCUAAUGAAAAGGGAUAUUAUAAUUUCAAUUGUUUAAUUUUAGCAUUUUUUCUCUCAUGUGUACAGAUAACUGUAUUAAAAAGACGAAAAGAGUAUUUUUUGCGUUUGUUGACCUGGAUUUUUUUUCUUUAACACAUUCCAAUUUGAAAUGUUUCUCUUUUUUUUUUUCAAAAUUAUCCUUGAUGCGUCCAUCUUUGGGCUCCUGUGAUUGGAUUCACUUGGCAGCAUGUUGUUGCUAUAUAUAUUAUAUAAAUAUUUCGUUUUAUUUUUACUCACACUUUGCCAUUUUACUCUUUACGAAUUAAAUGUCCACAGGUCUGUCUUGUGGGGAAAUGAUACAGUUCUUUAUUUUUGUAAUGUUUUAAAAGGAUAUAUGCCAACUGCUGCAGUCUGACACUUUUUUUUUUCCCCUUGAGUUUUCACUGAUGCUGUGUACCCUUGUGAGAUUAAAACCAGAAUGAAUUAUGAAUUUAUUAAUCUUUCGGUGAUUUUUACUAUGUGAAAUAGUCCUAUGCAUAUGUAUUAAUCAUGAUGAUUUUGUAUUUAAAUGAUUACAGUAUUCGAUUUAAUGACAAGUAUGACACGAGAGGAUAUUAAAACUAGUCUAUGACA